GGAAACCGCCCGCUGAGCUCUUGGCAAGUGGCCAUUUUAACCUCUUUUGGGCCCCAUCUGUUCCAUCCAUCCUGCUUUUGAGCCCUUCCAUGCUGGUACGUUGUAUAUCUCUCUCCCUGGGAUCGCCUUUCGCUUCAUUCCCUUCCUUCAUUGGUCUGCCGCUUCAUCUCUAUUUCCCCCUCCAUCUCCUCUUCUCUGUGCAACUAACGGGCGAUCUUAUCUUCGAAGAAGAGAUGUACAGUAUCACUCUGUCUGUCUGUCUCUUCAGCCUUUUCACAGGACUACACCACAUACCUAGGCCCCCCUCCCGGUUUCCUUAUCAGCUUCUCUUCUAAGAUGCCAAGGCUCCUCAUGGUUACUCUCGGAUGCCCCUCACCGCGAUUCGAUGCUGGCCGACAUGGCUGAAGGCUAGAUCACCUGUCUCUCAACACCAACGAGCGGGCCAGCAGCCAGUAGCCGUCGGUACACUCCCCCCUGUCCUCAAGUCAAGG